GUCGGUGGACGCCGCUCUUCCUUUCUUCCAAAGGCAGCCUGCCAAUCACCUUCACCUUCACCUUCACCUUCUCUCUUGAAAAUACAAAAACAAAAUCUCGCUGUGCUAUCAAUUUCAUUCUCCACUUCCUCCGCCUAUGUAUAAUUUAUCCGCGCAUUAAUUCACCUUCAGUCAACAAUUCCCAUCAUCCUCCAAUUGUGGACUUUUACUCGCCGAGGAUGCCCAUCGACGCCACGAUAGACCGCCCAAGCAGCACGUGUCAUCCAUCUGCGACCCACCGAAGACUUUCCCUACGCUAGGCUCAUCUCCUUCACCCGCCCAAACUUGACCAAGUGGAGAUCUUGGGUGUGGGCUCCAAUAGGGAUGCGAUCGAGUUCGUGAUCGCUGCCGAGUUGCUGCCGAUUUCGCGGCCGUGGCGGGGAAGAUGGACUCGGUGUCGAUCCGAGUUCCGUACAAGAAUCUGAAGCAAGCCGAAGUGGAAUUGGUGGGAGUGGACGAAGCUCAGCAUAGGAUCGACCGCAAUUCUACUGUUUCCAACGGCACCUCCGAUCUCUCGCCGUCCACCCCUUCUCCUACCCCUCUUCCAUCCAAACACUGCACUCUCAUCACCUUGAUUCUUAGUUGCAUGGUCGCCGCCGGCGUUCAAUUCGGUUGGGCCUUGCAGCUUUCGCUUUUGACCCCCUACAUACAGACACUUGGAAUAGGACAUGCCUUUUCUUCAUUUAUUUGGCUUUGUGGCCCUAUUACAGGCCUUGUGGUUCAACCGUGUGUUGGUAUUUGGAGUGAUAAAUGCUCUUCAAAGUAUGGAAGAAGGCGGCCUUUUAUACUUGCUGGAUCUCUCAUGAUCUCAGUUGCUGUGAUAAUAAUUGGGUUUUCUGCAGACAUUGGAUAUUUGUUAGGGGAUACAAAGGAGCAUUGCAGUACAUUCAAAGGUACUCGAACAAGAGCAGCAAUUGUUUUCAUCAUUGGGUUUUGGAUGCUGGAUCUUGCUAACAAUACAGUGCAGGGCCCAGCUCGUGCACUCCUGGCUGAUUUAUCAGGCCCUGAUCAACGAAACUCAGCAAAUGCUGUGUUUUGCACUUGGAUGGCUGUGGGAAACAUCCUAGGAUUUUCUUCUGGUGCUAGUGGGAAGUGGCACAGAUGGUUUCCUUUCUUGACUAGUAGAGCUUGUUGCGAAGCUUGUGGAAAUCUUAAAGCUGCGUUCCUCAUCGCGGUGGUUUUUCUAACCUUUUGUACGCUUGUGACACUGUAUUUCGCUGAGGAGGUCCCGCUGCCUGCAAAGCAAUCCCACCGUCAAUCAGAUUCUGCGCCUCUGUUGAAUGAUUCCCAACAAGUUGGCUUUGAUCGUUCAAAUUCAAGAUCCGAAGUAUCUGUUUUUGAGCAUACCUCUGAGAAUGGUGCUGAUAGUGGUUAUGAAAUGGAGAAAAAUUCAAAACAUCCUAACCCAGCAGUUGAGGAAGAUAAAAAUGAAAGUUUCAAUGAUGGACCUGGAGCAGUGUUGGUUAAUUUGCUUACUACCUUAAGGCAUUUGCCGCCUGCAAUGCAUUCGGUGCUUGUUGUCAUGGCUCUUAGUUGGCUUUCGUGGUUUCCCUUUUUUCUUUUUGAUACGGAUUGGAUGGGGAGAGAGGUUUAUCACGGGGACCCAAAAGGCGACAUCGCCGAAGUGCGAGCCUAUGAUCAAGGUGUGAGAGAAGGUGCAUUCGGUUUGCUAUUGAAUUCAGUUGUUCUUGGCAUUAGCUCUUUCCUUAUUGAACCAAUGUGUCAGUGGAUGGGUGCAAGAAUAGUAUGGGCAAUGAGCAAUUUUAUUGUAUUUGCCUGCAUGGCGGGCACUGCUAUCAUUAGUCUGGUUUCUGUCAUAGAAUAUUCCAAAGGGAUUCAACAUGUAAUUGGAGGGAAUGAAUCAAUCAGGAUAGCUUCCCUGGUCGUCUUUGCACUUCUAGGCUUUCCCCUAUCUAUUACCUAUAGUGUACCCUUCUCUGUGACAGCAGAUCUAACUGCUGAUUCAGGUGGUGGCCAAGGAUUAGCUAUAGGAGUUCUCAAUCUAGCAAUUGUUGUUCCUCAGAUGAUUGUAUCCCUUGGAGCGGGUCCCUGGGAUGCUCUAUUUGGCGGAGGAAAUAUACCUGCAUUCGUUCUGGCCUCAGUCUUUGCCCUUGCAGCUGGUAUUAUUGCAACUAUGAAGCUGCCAAACCUCUCAAGCAGUUCCUUCAAGUCAGCUGGUUUUCAUUUUGGAUGACUUCUGCCUCGACAAUGUGAGCUUGCGCUGGUUUUCAUUUUGGAUGACUUUUGUCUCAACAAUGUGAGCCUGUAUAUGAUCUUCGGCAAAAGUGGGCACCGCUCAAAUGGUCGCACCGUCGUGCGUAUGCACUACAUUUCUUAUUUUGAGAUUACGCAUUUCAUAUUCAAAAUUCAUUCAUUUUUUUUCCCUCAUGUACGUGGCUUAUGUACCUUAUUGUAGAGUAAAAUCAUCAUUUAUAAUUGAAAAUGGUUACAUACAAA